AUGCCUUUCUCAGAUUAUGAAUUACACAAGGAAUUAGGAAGAGGUGCUUUCUCUAUUGUAUAUCUAGUGACAGAAAAGAAAACAAAGAAGCAAUGGGCUAUGAAAGUUAUCGAUAGAAAAUCAUCUUCAAAAGCUGCUUUACAAACAGAGAUUGAAAUUAUGAAAAAGAUAGAUCAUCCAAAUAUCGUUAGAAUGCAUGAAUACUUUGAAUCUACAGAUAAAAUAUAUUUGGUGGUGGAACUUGUAAAUGGAGGUCAAUUGUUUGAUAAGAUCAUGGAAAAGAAAUCAUUCUCUGAGAAGGAAGCAAGAAUCAUUGUAAAACAACUAUUGGAAGCACUGGAGUAUCUUCACAAGAUCGGUAUCGUCCACAGAGACUUGAAACCAGAGAAUCUUCUUUUGAAAUCCGAACAAGAUCUAACCAUUGCACUCUCUGACUUUGGUCUCUCAAAGAUUCUAUCGGACGAUGUAUUUAUGAAAACAACUUGUGGUACUCCUUCAUAUGUUGCACCAGAAGUAUUGAAUAAUAUAAACAAUACACCUACUGCCUAUACGGAGGCAGUAGAUAUGUGGUCGGUAGGAGUUAUCUCUUAUAUUUUGUUGUGUGGAUUCCCACCAUUCUAUAGCGACGACAUCCGAAAGUUGUUUGAAUCGAUCAUGGCAGCCACCUAUGACUUCCCAGAGCAGUAUUGGAAGAACAUCUCAAAGGAAGCCAAACAUUUUAUCAACUGUUUCCUCACGGUCGAUCCAGCCAAGCGUUACACUGCCAAAAUGGCAUUGGAGCAUCCUUGGAUCACACAGGCACCCCAAUCACACCCACUGCCACAUUGGAACGAUCAAAUCAAGAAAUACGUAGUCAUUCGUAGAAACGAAAGUAAAAAGUUUGGUGCCGAAUUGGUAUUCACAAAGUUUGUAAAACCUGCACCUGCCGCCAAAGAAUAG